CAGAAAUGUGAUGGUUUUGUGCAACCAGAAUAUAAGAAAUUCUCUAUAGAUCCUCAAAUUACAUCAUUUGAAAUGUUACAAGGAAUUUUAGCUAGAGCCUUUGAUAUAAAAGGGGAGUUUAUGAUUAGUUAUUUAGCUAAAGAUACAGAAGAUCAAGAUGUAUAUUUAGCUAUGUUAUCAGAUUGGGAUAUGGAUGCUGCUAUACAAUGUGCAGCUGAUCCUUGUCUACGUCUGAAAGUUGAUCUCAAGCCAUUUGAAGAAGGUUUGGAUGAUUGGGAUGUAAUAGCACCAACAGAUAUACCACAACAUAAAGUUUCUACUAUAGCUGAUAAAGGUUCUAUAUUAUACUCUAUAACUGGUACUAUUAGUAGUCAAAUUGGUCGAUCUGUUACUAGUAUGCAAAGAGCAAUGGGUUUCCGUGGUGAUGAUGAUUUUAAACCAUGUAAACCACCGAUGAGUGAUUCAGAAUUCCACAAUUAUCUUGAUAGUGUAGGUUUCCUGCUCAAACCUCAAGAAUUUCGAUUAGGAAUAUAUCAAGGUGGUAUCGAGGCUUCUUUACGUCGUGUAGCCUGGAGACAUUUAUGUAAUAUUUACCCUGCCAAUAUGACAGGCCGGGAAAGGUUUGAUUAUAUGAAACGAAAGGAGAAAGAGUAUUAUCAUCUUCGUGAAGAAUGGAAAGCUAGGUUCAGUUCUGAUACAGCUACUGAAGAAGUGAAAUAUGUGGCAUCCAUGGUGAAAAAAGAUGUUUUAAGAACAGAUCGUGGACACAAGUUUUUCGCUGGUUCUGAUGAUAAUGAGAAUGUCGUCAUGUUGUUUCAUAUCUUAGUGACUUAUGCAUUAACUCAUCCUGAUGUGUCGUAUUGUCAAGGAAUGAGUGAUAUUGCUUCCCCUAUUUUAGUUACACAAAAAGAUGAGGCUCAAGCCUAUUUAUGUUUCUGUGGCAUCAUGAAAAGACUGAAAUUGAAUUUUAUGCCAGAUGGUGCAGCCAUUAUGUUAAAAUUUAAACAUUUAGGACUCUUGUUACAAAUCAAUGAUCCGGAAUUUUAUGCCUACCUUCAACAAAUUUGUGCUCAUGAUUUAUUUUUCUGCUAUCGAUGGCUGUUAUUAGAGCUGAAACGUGAAUUUCCAUUCGAAGAUGCAUUAUACAUGAUAGAAGUGAUGUGGAGUACCUUACCACCAGAUCCUCCCGAGACUGAACUGGAAUUAACCGAUUCUGAUUACAAUGUACAUCUUCUUUCAACCUCACCUUGUUCUCCUACCUUCUCCUUUCAACAAACUGUUUAUGCCAAAUUAUUAGCUAUGAGGCGCUUAGGAUCAGCCCAGAAACUUGUUGAAGAUACGAAGUUUAAUGGACAUAAUGAGGAAUAUGAUGCCUCUACAUUAACAGAAUGUUCAAUAACUGUAUCAGAACCAUCUAUUAAAGAUGAAUUGAAAGAGAGGGAUGAAGGUCUUUUAGAACUAGAACCAGAGAGUGAUCAACAUACUCAGUUCCAUAUGUCAUUGGAAGCUAGUGGUGAGGCCACUCCUCCUGUUGCUGAACAAUCGACCCCUAAAUCAGAUUCAGGAGGGUUCUUUGGUAACAUGAAGCGCAUGUUGUCUUCCCCAAAACCAAUUGAAACUCCUGUCUCUAAUUCCCAAAGUGUUAAUCUCCCUUCUCCUGAAGAGUUUGGUUGUGGAAAUCCAUUUUUAAUGUUUUUGUGUUUAGCUUUGAUGUUACAGCAUAGAGAUUAUAUCAUGAGCAAUAAUAUGGACUAUGAGGAAGUGGCCAUGCAUUUUGACAAGAUGGUACGUCGACAUAAUGUUCAUAAAGUAUUAUUUAUGGCACGUCAGUUAUAUACAGAGUAUUUAAGAACCCAA